AUGGUCCGCAUCAAGGAGCGUUAUCUCCUUGUGAAUAUUGUCUACCCAGAGGCUGUCCAGGAUCAAGCCAAGGCGGGCUUACCGGAUCUCUUGCUUUACAACCAACCCACUGCCAACGCCUGCAAUGGCCGCUCGAUCCAAUACGCCAUCAAGGCUCAGAUCACAGAACUUUUCGGUGACUAUGGCGCCGGCGCAGUUGAACGCAGCCUGAGAGUCAAGUAUCUUUCCAAUGCAACGUCAACUUGCAUUCUUCAAUGCUCGCGAGAGCACUACCGCCUCGUCUGGGCGGCUCUGACCAUGAUGAAGCAUGUGCCCACCAAGCAGGGCCCAGGCCUUCCUUGCGUCUUCAGAGUAGUGCGCGUCAGUGGCACAAUCAAGAAGGUCGAGGAAGAUGCCAUCCGGCGAGCCAAACAGCUGAUCCUCGCGGCCAAAGACGAGAUGGUCGGGAAGGAAGCUGCCGCGCUGAACUCCUUGUUCGGCGCGAAGGACUCGCUCAAUGAUGUGGCGAUGGUCGACCGUGAUGACGAAUCUGACCCCGACGCUGGCGAUUCUGAAGAGAAUGACUGA